AAUAGGACUAUGUGCUACAGUCUGUCCUGACUGUUUUUUGCCCAACAGAUAAUUAAAAGUUUGACCUGGAGGUGGCUAAUCCGAGGGAGUUUUUUGUUUGGUUGUCCUGGGCCAAAUCUCAGGGUCAUUAAGAGUUGCCUGGAGUCCCAGUGGCUCACACAGCAGGACUGAAAAUGAAUUAUCUGAACGUGUUGGCUAAGGCAUUAUAUGACAAUGUGGCAGAGUCUCCAGAUGAGCUCUCCUUCCGAAAAGGAGACAUAAUGACCGUGUUGGAGCGAGACACUCAAGGCUUGGAUGGCUGGUGGCUCUGCUCAUUACAUGGGCGCCAGGGCAUUGUACCAGGUAACCGACUCAAAAUUUUGGUGGGCAUGUAUGAUAAACAACAGCAGCAGCAGCCCCUUAGCCCACAACCAUGUACACCUCAAAGCCACCUCAGCAUACCACCCAGUGCCUAUUCUAAACCCUUGCCUUCUACCCAGUACACAACCAUGCACCCUGCCUGCACCAGCCCUCCCAACUUGUACCAGGUGCCCACUGGUCCCCAGACUCCACAGACCCAGCCCAAAGCACCCCCUCUUACACAGAAACAAUGUACUGGCAAGUAUCACCCCAUCACACAGGAAAUCUAUCAGGUGCCGCCCUCCAUGGGCACACCAGGCCAGGAGGUCUAUCAGGUGCCACCUGCAACAGAAGAGCAGGAUGUGUAUCAGGUGCCACCUUCUUUGAACCAGAAACAAGAAAUCUACCAAACCCCACCAUCCAUGGACAAGAGAUGCUGGGACUCCUCCAAGACAUUGGGGAAGGUGGUGGUGCCCACACGGGUUGGCCAAAUGUAUGUGUUUGACACAGGAAAGACAGAGCAGGAUGAGUACAAUAUUCCCAGACAUCUGCCACCCUCCCAGGACAUCUAUGAUAUACCUCCUCCUCGUGGCCAAUACAACCAGCAGGUAUAUGAUACUCCUCCCAUGGUGAUGAAAGGCCCAACCAGUCGUGAUGUGCAAGAAAUCUAUGACACUCCACCAAAUGUGGACAAGAACCAACUGUUGUCCCAGCAAAUGGUAUACGACUUUCCCCCAUCGGUCAGUAAGGAUGUUUUAGAUGGCCUAAUCAGAGAAGAGACAUAUGAUGUCCCGCCACAUUUUGCCAAAAUAAGUCCAACCGCAAAUACAGCCAAUCCUGAACUAUCUAUCCCUGAAGAUGUGUAUGACGUCCCUCCUCCCCUAGCUGGCAAAGCACAGGCUGAGGUGCAAGAAAUCUAUGACAUCCCCAGCAGCCAACACCAUGGUGAUGUCUAUGACUUUCCACGUGAGCACCUGCCAGUCACAGAAGAAUCGUGUGACUACGUUUAUGAUGUACCCCCACAAGUAGUACGUGAUGCAGCAAGUGCCACCACUGAGGAACUCACAGUUAGCUUUAAACGUCUGUCAGCCUCCAGCACAGGUAGCAUCCGCAGCAAUCAUUCCAAUUCAUCCCUUGACACAGUUCCAGUCAGGGACAGCUCAGUGCCAGGUGGUGCCGUAGCAAAUGCCUCACAAGCCACUGACCGUACAUUGCAGGCUAAACUUAGCAAGCAAGUUCAAAAGAUGGACGAGGCCUUCCAGGGUUUGCUCAAGCACAAUCAGGCACUGGAUAUUCUGGGGUGGGCACCUUCUGCCCUCCCAGUGCCUGCUCCCAACAGUGGAGGGGAUGACCUUGACCGGCUGGUAAUGUGUGCUCGGGCAGUGCCCGAUGACACUAAGCAUCUGGCGUCCUUUUUGCAUGGAAAUGCCACACUGCUCUUCAGACGGACAAACAGACAACAACAGCAUGCCACAGAUGCACUGGCUCAGCUGACCAGCAAUGCCUCAACCUAUCAAUCAGGCACACCAGACAGGGCCAACAUCCAGUCCCGCCCUCUGCCAUCGCCACCCAAGUUUACAGCUGAGGAAGAGACAGCUGAGCGGCCUUAUGAGACUACAGAGGAGGGCUGGAUGGAGGAUUACGACUACGUACAUUUACAGGGUAAGGAGGAAUUUGAAAAGAACCAGAGGCAGCUGUUGGAAAAAGGCAGACACAAUAAGACUCAGCUAGAGCAACAGCAGCUUAAGCAGUUCGAGAGGCUGGAGCAAGAAGUUAGCCGACCAAUCAAUAAUGACAUCUCGAACUGGACUCCACCUUUACACUGUCCCCCUCCAUCACGCAGCAAGCUGUGUGCAGGUGAUCGGCAACUGCUACUGUUCUACUCAGAACAGUGUGAGGCAAACAUCACUACACUGACCAAUGCCAUUGAUGCUUUUUACUCAUCCAUCAACAACAACCAGCCUCCAAAGAUUUUUGUUGCCCACAGCAAGUUUGUCAUCCUCAGUGCCCACAAGCUGGUCUUUAUUGGAGAUACUGUCUCGCGUCAAGCUAAGUCCCCUGAGGUACGGAGCAGGGUGGCACAGCACAGCAAUGUGCUGUGUGAAAAGCUGAAGGACAUCGUAGUUAGCACCAAGACUGCUGCGUUGCAGUACCCUUCUCCAGGGGCAGCACGGGACAUGACUGAAAGGGUACGCGAAUUGUCUGGCUGCACCCAGCAGUUCCGCAUGGCUCUCAAUCACCUACUGUCCAUGUGAUAACACAAAAGAUUUGUACAAAAAACACUACUGCAACACAUGCAUUAAGUUCCACAUAGUUGCACAUACUUGGUUUAUGUCCAUAGCUUCUGCUUUUUAUUUCCCAAAAAGUGGAUUGUGCCAUUGCUUGUAAAUUAAUUGAUGUAAAUAUUUAAGUUUCUGUAAGAUGCGGAGGUGUAGUAAGACAAAACGAGUUGAUGAACUAUCUGUUUAAACAACAAAGGAGAGAAAACUGAAAAGCAGUUUUUGGAUAUUAUACUUAUUAUUAGUAGUUCUGUUAUUGUUAUUAUUGCUAUAAUGUAAUUAUUGCUCUGAUUAUUACAACCUUUAUGAGAUGUUAAGAAGGGUCCAGAAUUUAAAAUGUGUAUCUAAAUGUACCUAAUGCUGUUUUUAAUUAGUUUGUUUGUAUGACAAAGUUGAUGGUACACCAUUUGGUCAAAAGUAUGUGGACACCCAACCAUGAACCUGUUGGAUAUCCAAUUCCAAAAACAAUGGGCAUUAGAGUUGGUGUUCUCUUUGCACCUGUAACAGUCUAAACCUUUUUGAGAAUGUGUGUGAAAUAAAGUGUGUCUGGAUGAAUUUCUACCCAUUUAGUCAAAGGGUCUCAUAAUUGGUGAUGGCUUGGCUCACAAUUGACAUUCCAUCGCAUACCAACAGUGUUUAAUUGGGUUAAGGUCAGGGCUCUGAACAGGCCAGUUAAGUUCCUUCCCUCUAAAUUCAUCAAGCUGUGUCUUCAUAGAUAUGAAUUUGUGCACAAAGAAUACAGUUCUGCUGGACCUGGAAA